AGGAGAAAAUUUGCUUCGCCCUCUUCUUAGCACCAGACCAGUAGCCCAGUACAGUUGCAGAUUAGUGUAAGCGUGUAGCAGAUGUGAAAACGCGAAAAUCGCAGUAAAUUGAGGAAAAUUUGCCAGCAUCUUGCUGAAAAGCCCCGUCUGGAAGCGUCGAACAGUCUACAAGUGAAAAGGUGAACUGAAUAUCCGUACGGGGUAAGAAAGUUCUUCCCUGUGAACCCCCGGCUGGAUUUUCAAACUUUUCUACGAAGAAGCAGCCAAAAGGACAACGAAGACGGAUAUUUUCUGCUUCACACACACCCGAACCGUUUCUCAUAUCGUAGCAAUAAGAAAUUUAUACCUGGCCGCAACUAACAAACCAUCAUGGAUAAAAGGAAAUUGUCAACAUCGGGUGACACGCUUUACGUAACCCUUGGAAUACCAAAGACAGCUACAGCAGAUGAAAUCAAGAAGACAUACCGGAAGUUGGCUCUCAAAUAUCAUCCGGAUAAGAACCCAAACAAUCCAGAAGCAUCGGAAAAGUUCAAAGAGGUGAACCGAGCGCAUUCCAUCCUCAGUGACCUGACCAAACGGAACAUCUACGACAACUACGGUUCACUUGGGCUGUAUAUCGCAGAACAGUUUGGUGAGGAGAAUGUUAACGCGUACUUCAUGGUGACGUCUCCGACCUGCAAGGCCAUCUUCCUCAUUUGUGGCAUCAUAUCGGGCUGCUAUUGCUGCUGCUGUUGUUGCUGUUGCUGUAAUUUCUGCUGCGGCAAGUACAAACCUCCAUCGAACGACGCCACUGGAGACUACCACCAUUUGCACAGAGAUGCUGCCAGUAGUAGCAACGCAGGUGAAGGACCAACAGUUACAGAACAGCCCACGCGAAGAGAGGAUUUGGCUGAUCUGGAGGACAACGGCGGUGGUACAGGAGGAGCCCCGGUGACAUCACAACCAAUGGCUGGUCAGGCGCAGGGUGCCGGAAUGCCGGUGUACGCGAUGCCACCACCAUCAGCGAAUCCGACCAAUCCAUUCACGGGGGCCAAUGAGAGCACAGGCCUAAACACCGGCAAUCAACCGGUGUACACGCCAGGCCGCUAAAUUCAACCCGGAUUUUAAUCAGCUUUAGAUGCGAAACCAAACCAAUGGUAUGCUGUAAGUGUUGACGCCAUUAUUAAAAAGUAUCCUUAUCCUUUGAAAUCUACCACAAAAAAAUCAACAAACCACAAUAAGUAUAACUGCAUCAAUCAACAAACGACACAUACAACCCGUUACUCGGAUUGCGAUGCUGACCGCGACAAACUGAAGCAAAACAUAACUUUAACUAUGUUUAAGCUUAGAGUAAUUUUGCAGUCAGAUUUGAGAAUUUCUUAAAAUAUAAUAACAAGAAAAAAAAACCAACAAGUAACGCAGAUACCUAUUCAGUGAGAUAAGCAGACAGAAAUCAAACUGAUAAAAACUAAUCAAACAGUGAUUCCCAGCAGAGUUGUAGGAUUCUAAUGGCGAUUUCGCUUGAACCUGAAACUGAGUCAGGUUCUAACCCCAACCGCUGUCAGUUCAUACAUUUUGACAGCAGUUGGGGUUAGGAACUGACUCAGUUUCGCCUCAAACGAAAACCACAUAACAGAACAGACAAACAAACAAAAAAACAAACGAGACAAACCAAUUAUAACAAAUCAAGCAUGAUUUUUGAAAACAGCGAAACUCGCACUUGACCCAAACAGAGAAAAUGGCGAUGACAUUUUGGAAAUUUUGUUUUAAAUGUUAUUUAAAAACCAUACCGAUUUUUACACCAAUUAUUCAUCCAAAAUGCUCACUAAAGACGCCUUUCCAUUGAAUGGAACGAACAUUCGCGAUCAAGACAUUUAAAAGAGCGGAUUGAAGAAAAAUUAAAGUUACGAUGUUAUUAGUAUCACGCUCACAGUUUCGUCGUUUUACUUUCGUUGGUUUGGUAUCUUUGUUGCACUUACGUUAUUUCAGUUUCGUCAAUUGUAGUGACUAAUCUUAUCAUUUUUUAAUCAAUUCUAUGACUGAACUGUUCCGCCGAGGCAGUAUGCCAAUGAGGACAACCAACAUUUGUAGUUUGUCACUUUUGAGCAGUGUGUUGAAGACAAAUAAAGGUUACGUUAUUCUGAGCAUCACUCUUGCACUUUCGACAUUUUUCAAUCAGUCGAUUUUAGUGUCAUUUUUGCUCGCAUUGUCACAAGUAUUUAGAUUUGAUCUACUGUAGGAUAGAUUUAGAUAAUCAAAAAUAAAAAUGUGCUGAAAGUGCAUUAGUGGUGCUUAGAAUAACAUUACUUGCAUUCUUUUUCUCUAAAAUAUUGGCUAGAAUUAAGGAACUGCGUGCUCUUGUUCCCCUUAUAGAAACAUUACCUAUAUUGAGCAUUUUAGUAGAAAGAUUGUAGUAUAUUUUAAUGAUUUAGUUACAAAAACCGAUUAAAUUAAAAUAACGUAAGUGUCACAGCAGUACCAAACCUAACGUAACUAACAUGACGAAACUGUAUUUAUGCACUGUUGACGUAUCAGUUGUUUGUUCGUCAUUAUUUCGAUUGCGCAUUUUUCAGCUGCAUUACCGAAUAAUGAAACGAAUGUUUGUCAGCAUGUACAUUAAGAUGCGAAGAAUGCGGGGGAGUGAUAAUCUCAGUUUGUUUACAUUUGUUAGUUACGGUGUUUUCAAAAAUCAUGCUUGAAAUUAUUACACUCAAUAACUCUCACAUAAUUAUGCAUUAAGUCAAAACAACACACACACACUUCGAAGUCAACGCGAGAGUAGCGGUCGCAACAGAGGUAUCAAGUAUAGCCCCUCAUUAUAUCUACUAUGUACGUGUUACUAUUUCGAUUUGAGCAGAAAGAAAAAAAAAAACAAUAUUUAAAUUCGAGAAACGAAAGUAAAUCUGUUAUUUUUGUGUAGUAUUUUCUUCCUCAUCGUGCAAGAAAACAUAAAAGAAACCUCUAUUGGUACCAGGAAAGGUGUGGUAGGCGGGCGCAGCAGACGACAAUUGCAUUACACAAACAAGAACAUAGAAACAAUAAAAAAUAACAAAAGAUAGCUACGCCAGAAGAGAAGUUGUUCGUGAUAUGCAACCUGUAAUCAUGUUCGGAUGCUAUAUUAGUGCGAGGAGAGAUGGAACUAUACCUAUAUGAUAAUAAAUUUUUCAUUGCGCCAGUUAUACUCAACCUGAAA